CAAACUCUCUACGUCCUUCCGCCAUUUUCUCACUCAGUUCGAAAAGGCUGAUGGGAUAUUAGCCACAGGAAGCCCGAUAAAAUAAUUCUAAUGCGAAUGACUUCGUGGGGCAGAAUACAAUGCAUCAGGGGAUAGGAUAUUUCCCGCCAAAUCUCCAGCAUCAUGGCGGAAGAGUAGGCUUUUGUACAUUAUGCUAGCAUUUUUUUGAGCAUUUUAGUGAGGCAAAAGCAUUGAGCAUUAUUCGAGCAUUUUAGUGGGAUUUUCCCGGAAAACUAAUUUUUUGCGAGAAAAUAAAAUAGAAAUUAUAAUUAACUUUUUUCAGUCCCGCUUUUAAUUCACGAAAAAACCAAAUACAGCUGAGUGGAGCUGGAGACUGAGGACAAGUCAGCAGUUUUACCUUUCGCGACUCAAAAGGCGGCCAUGUUUGCUUUCUUCGUGACCCGUGUGAGUUACACAGGUCACGAAGAAAAAAGAAACCUGUAUACGUUGUCGUUACUUGCAACACUUGUACGUAAGUGUAAACUUUCAAAUUAAUUUAAAAAAACGUUUGUAUAAUGAGCAUUAUCCGAGCAUUUUAGUUACUUUUUUGGGGGAGACCGAGCAUUUUAGUGGGAAAAAUGGAGCAUUAAGAAAAUGGCGGAAGGACGUAAAGAGUUUGUUUAGCAAGUUAAAAUCAAGUAUAUGGAGACAAAUUCAAUCGAAAAUCCUUUUUAUGGAUCAUUCUUGGGUCAUUCUUGGUCAUUCUUGGUCAUUCCAGCUCGUUCUGGAUCAUUCCAGCUCAUUCCGGCUCAUUCCAGCUUUUUCCAGGUAAUUCCUUGUUUUAGUAACUACCUAUAGGACGCACCCCAAACUUGGCAACUUAAUUAAGCCAAGUUCCCAAAUGGAAAGUUUUGUGAAAAUACUCAGUUAUAUGACGCACCCCAAACUUGGCAACUUGAUGUAUCUGAAAAAGUGAUCACAAUGAUAGUCACAAUAAUAGAACACUAUGAAAGAACACAAUGAAGAACACAACUUCACGGUUGCUCUGGCCAAAUAGCAAAUAGAGAAAAACUCCCAGUUCGACUGCUGAAUAUCAACACGCUACAGAGGAUGCAAGUUUCAGUGCACAAAAAAGGCUGGAUAGACGAAAAAGGUAGGUUUUAUCUCCACAUUGUUUAUUCAGAGACGGAACUUUUAAUUUCGAGCGAGACACAAACACGACUCUAGGUAUUUGAAACAUGGUUUGAACGAUUGUUUUGUAGUCAUGGGUAUCAUGUUACCAGGCACCUUUGUUUGCUUUUAAUAAUUUUGCAGUAAACGUUUGCUUUUGUUGUUGAUCUUUUAAGUUGAUCAGUGUUCUAAAAGCAGUAUUCCUUUUUAAUUCAUAGGAAUAAAGGAUUGGAUUAUACGCGAUCUUUGCUACAUCUCAGACCAAAAAGCCCUGCUCGUGUGGGAUUAGUUACGGUUGUUGCCGUAUAAGAGGCGGUUCUUUCCGAACCACCACAAACAGGACAAAGCUGAAUAAUGAAAUGCUACGUCAGAGGGAUGUAUUUUCUGAUGCAGCCACAAAAAGAACGAUUCUUUCCCUACCCAUCAGAUGUUCCAGUGUAGGAUGCGUUUGGACAGGUGAACUAAGGAAUAGCGAGAAUCACCAGUCAAAUUGUGAUUUCUAUAUUGUAUCGUGCACCAACAAAAAUUGUGACGUGACACUCCAAAGAAGACGUCUCCAAGACCAUGUGACCAACAUGUGUCAGUGGAGGAUCAUCAACUGCUCAUAUUGCGGUGAGCCAUACCCACAUUGUCAGAUGGAGUAUCAUGUACCACAGUGUAACAAGUGUCCAGUGACGUGUACAAAAUGUGACAGUUCAAUUCCCAAAGAAAUGGUCUCAACCCACAUUAAAGAAGAAUGCCCACUGACUGAAAUCCCUUGUCCGUAUAAACAUCUGGGGUGUGAAAUUAUGAUUGAGCGACGACGUGUGGAUUCUCAUCUUCAAUCUGACGUCAAAGCCCACUUGCAUUUAGCUUGUGCAAAAUUAGACGAAACAGAAAGUAGAUGGAAUGACACACAAAGAGAUUUAGUCGCUACAAAGUUAAACCUUACUGAGACUACGUAUAAGUUACAAGAGGCAACGGAUCUCUUACAAAGGAAAGUGUACCCCUGGAAAAUUGGCGGUUUUCGUAAGAAGUUGAGACGAGCAAAGACCGGAAAAAGAGACGUGGUAGAAAGUGAUCCAUUCUACACAAAAGCUGAAACAGAGAGUUAUGGCUACCAGGUUAAAGUUUGCAUUCAUCCUAAUGGCAUUUCCAGCGGCAAAAACACUCACCUUUCGGUUUCCCUUAUGUUACUGAAAGGUGAAUAUGACGCAAUAUUACCCUGGCCUAUGAAUAAGAAAGUGAAGUUCAUACUGAUUGAUCAACAGAAGCAUCCAGACGAAAGGGUAAACGUGUUUGAGGAGCUCCUUACCAAUAGAUGCACAGAAUUUGCAAGGCCUGAAACAGGAGAAGGGAGUGGUUUCGAUACAUUCAUAUCUCAUAGGGAUCUUUUAAACUCGAAGCGCUUCAUUGUGAAUGACACUUUGUUUCUUCAGGUUGAGAUUAAUUCGCCAUGAAUUCUUUUCAUGCAACAGACUUAAAGAUCCGUAAAUCUUUUACAACUAUUCACCGAAGCGGCGAGGUAAAUGUCCUCUGCUAGCCACAAACAUUGAGGCGAACAGUUGCUUCAGUAUAUACUAAAACAAUGAAAUAACGUAGCACAAAAAAUCAAUUUGAACUCGUUUAUUCCUGGAAUGAUUACAAUAUUUUCGGGAGCAAAUACCGCGCGCGUUGCUCGGAGGUGAAUAGAAAAGUAGUGAACAGGCAAGGGCCAAUUCGAAGCAAAACGAAACGUUACCUCGGCAAAUGCUUUACAAAAGUCUGAAAGGAAAAAGUAAAUUCUUACGAGAGCGAAAAAAUAACAAUUACAACACAAACAAUAUGUGAACAGCUCUGCGAUCGAUCGUGUGCGAUCGCGAGCGCAGGCAAUCGCUGGAAUAGAACCAUGUUCUAUUAGUGCGAUCAUAUGUGAACAAAGUUCUGCGAUCAUGCGAUUGGAAUUUGUCCCAUAAUGCUAUAUUUUCCAGCGUGCAGCACUACAAGCGGCAUGAUACCACGACAACCAGUUGUUUAUCAGCUUUUACACGUGUGUGUGUUUUGACAAGAUGGAAGCAUGGUGAAAUUGACACGGAACAGUUUACGGAAGAAAUUAGAAAAUACGAUUGUUUUUUCCGCAUCCAGAAGCGAAGUUCCUUCUUUGACCUAGCAGCGAUUCUCCGUUUAAGUAGAGACGACAGAAGCAGAAUGUCAACACCUAUUAAAAGUCCAGAGUCCUCGGCGUCCAUGAUCGCUGCGAUCGGCUGCGAUCAGCUGCGAUCAGAUGCAAACAUGCGAUUCGCGAUAUUCGGUUGAGUGGUUUCAGCGAUCGUGUGAUCACCUGCGAUCGUCUGCGAUCGUCUGCGAUUAUAAAUGAACCAGGCAUAGGCACAAAAAAACUCUGGUGGCAUAAAAGGGGCGAUACAGCAAAUAGAUCUAACUAAAUUUACAUACAACACGUAACAAAGAAGCAUAAUUAACAAAUACCGAAAAGCAAAAAAGUACACAAUGACAAGUAGGCGAGAGAAGGGAAAAAAGAAAAGACGGAAACAAAGGGAAAAAAUUGCCCCAAGAAUUAGUAGUAACCAAUCAGAGCGCG